GGUUCCGGUGGCUGCGGCCGCGGGCAGGCAGUGAGGCUGGGAAGAGCGCGCGCUAGGCGCUCCGGCUCGGCGCCUGCCCCUCGCCGUGCUCGGGGCGGCCACAGCGCGGGGGCCAGUGCUGUCCCCGACACCCUCUCCGGGCGAUGGUGCGACCCAAGGGCGCGUCCAUCCCCCGCCGCCGCUGACCUGGGUCCCCCACUCCAUGGCCGCCUCGGCGCCGCCCCCACCGGACAAGCUGGAGGGAGGUGGCGGCCCCGCCCCGCCCCCUGCGCCGCCCAGCACCGGGAGGAAGCAGGGCAAGGCCGGUUUGCAAAUGAAGAGCCCAGAAAAGAAGCGAAGAAAGUCAAAUACUCAGGGCCCUGCAUACUCACAUCUGACGGAGUUUGCGCCACCCCCUACGCCUAUGGUGGAUCACCUGGUUGCAUCCAACCCUUUUGAGGAUGACUUCGGAGCCACUAAGGUGGGGAGCACAGCUCCUCCAUUCCUUGGCAGUCCUGUUCCCUUUGGAGGCUUCCGUGUGCAGGGGGGCAUGGCAGGCCAAGUGCCCCCAGGCUACGGCACCGGAGGUGCAGGGGGUCCCCAGCCUCUUCGUCGACAGCACCCCCCUUUCCCUCCCAACCCUAUAGGCCCUGCUUUCAACAUGCCCCCCCAGGGCCCUGGCUACCCACCCCCAGCCAACAUGAACUUUUCUAGCCAACCCUUCAACCAGCCUCUGGGUCAAAACUUUAGCCCUCCUGGUGGGCAAAUGAUACCAGGUCCGGUGGGGGGGUUUGGCCCCAUGAUCUCACCCACCAUGGGACAACCUUCCAGAGGGGAGCUGGGCCCUCCUCUCCCCCAACGCUUUGCCCAGCCAGGGGCGCCUUUUGGUCCUUCUCCUCUUCAGAGACCUGGUCAGGGGCUCCCCAGCCUGCCCCCCAACACAAGUCCUUUCCCUGGUCCGGACCCUGGCUUUCCUGGCCCUGGUGGUGAGGAUGGGAAGCCCUUGAAUCCACCUGCUCCCACUGCUUUCCCCCAGGAGCCCCACUCAGGCUCCCCAGCUGCUGCUGUUAAUGGAAAUCAACCCAGUUUCCCCCCGAACAGCAGUGGGCGGGGUGGGGGCACUCCAGAUGCCAACAGCCUGGCACCCCCUGGCAAGGCAGGUGGGGGCUCAGGGCCCCAGCCUCCUCCAGGCCUGGUGUAUCCAUGUGGUGCCUGUCGGAGUGAGGUGAACGACGACCAGGAUGCCAUUCUGUGUGAGGCCUCCUGCCAGAAGUGGUUCCACCGAGAGUGCACAGGCAUGACUGAGAGUGCCUAUGGGCUGCUGACCACUGAGGCCUCUGCAGUCUGGGCCUGCGAUCUCUGCCUCAAGACCAAGGAGAUCCAGUCUGUCUACAUCCGCGAGGGCAUGGGGCAGCUGGUGGCUGCAAACGAUGGGUGAUGCUGGCGAGGUGACCCAGGGAAGUGCAUAUGUUCCUCCCUGCUCUCCCAGGGUGAUUGUUUCCGUGUCUGGCACUUGGUCCUUGGCUUCCACUGGCUUCCCAUCCCCUGGAGCGGAAAUGCAGUGGCUCCUGGGGACAGAAGAGGAACUGAGGUGGGCAGGAAGGAGAGCCUGGAUCGCUCACUGUUCUGGAAACUUGCACGUUGAGAUCUACAGAGAUCCAGGAAACCAAAGCCCUGCCGAGCAGAGCCAUUUUGUGGUGGCUCUUUCUGGAGGCCUAGGGGUAUGGCUGCAAGAGAAAAGAGGCUGGAGGAAGAUCAGGAAGGCAGGGGUGUCCCCUCUGUAGGUGAUGGACGCCCCCAACACCUGUGCCUAACACGCCUCUCUGGCUUCACAGCUGCAGCCUUAGUUUUUGGAGUCAAGUGUUAAAGGUUUCUGGCCAGAGGAGUUUGGGUCUCUUCCCAUCCCUGCAAUAGCCCUUCCGUGGGCUCUGAGGCAGCUGUAGGAAAUGAAAAGGGAUUUCCCUCUUCCUAUUCUCCCUUUGCUGCCUCCAAAAUUUGCUCAACUCUUCUCCCUUCAGAGAACCAAAUAGCUUGAAGAAACAGGAGAGUUCUUGGCCAUGACAGUUUUCUUGGUGAUUUGGGGCUUCAUGACAGUAGGUAAGAGAAUGCUGUCGGGACAUAUCUCCCUCAUACCAAAGUCACUGGUCCUUUCUCAGCCUCUCUUGUACUUUUCUCCUAAUGACCAUUUUUUUUUUUU